AUGGAAGACAUCAAAAGAAAGGGCCUCGAAGAUGUGGUUUUCGAUGCCAUUGCCCUUCAAGAGCUUAGCGCUCAAUAUCAAGCCCAGAAUGGCCAUGGCAAUAUGAAUGAUGCCUUCCUAGUGGAUCUUGCGGUAUUGGAGACUGGUAUACUACGGGUUUUGGGCAAAUAUGGGACUCUAAAUUUCGUUCCUCUGAGCAGCGAUGAUCCGAUUAUUUUGCAACAACCAGCAGAAGGUCUCGACUCAAAGAAAGCUCUUUGCUAUCAGCGCCUACAUUCAAAAUACUCACAGGAGUAUGUAAAAAGGCGGCGCCUUACCGAAGUUUUGGAUGUUGAGAUGAACAAACUUUGGACUGACUGGUAUGAUGGCUGUCUUAGAGAAAUUGGUAAUCGCCUUAGAAAGCUCGGUUAUUGUUGA